ACAGGAGGAACAGUUUGCAGCAUCACUCAGCAUCACUUCGCUUUCUGAGAAGCUCAUUUAAUUUCAACAAAACACCUCUGACAGCAAUUCUCAUGCGUGGUUCGCAGUUUCGCUCUGGAUUUUAAGGAAGGAAGCAUUGAUGGGCAGUGUUCUGGCUUUGUCUUCCGGUCCGAGCCAUCACAAGUGGCCUUUCUCAACAGAACCCCCUCCGUCCAGGUGGAACGCUCACCCUGCUCACUGGGACCGUCCGCCUCGCUGGGAGAGAAGAGAUGGACGUCUACCAAACCCCGGCAGCUUUCACUCUCUCCACAGGAGCUGCAAAGAUGUGUUUCCUCAUCAGAUUGAAGGUGUCAAGAUGAUUGUCAAUAAAACUUUGAGCAGCUUUUUCAAGGUUAGUCACACUCUCCACCUUAGUGCUGUCAGUCCUUCGUGUUACCGGUUUCAUGUGGAGCAUCUGCAGUCUGAUGACUACAGCAAGGACAAGGAUGCCCCAGCUUUGAUCGGUGAGAUGGACUCUUCAGGUAGUCUAAACGCUCACGCUCUGCUGCAUCUCUCUGAGCACGUUCGAGCCAGAACUGUGUUCCAGACCCAGCAGUCUCAGUUUGUAACGUGGCAGUUUGAAACAGAGUACAGAGGCAGCGACUUCACUGCUGCUGUGACUGUGGCUAACCCCGACAUCCUGAAAGAGUCAGUCAUUCUCGUGGCUCACUUCCUGCAGAGUGUGUCCUCAGGACUGGUUUUAGGCGGGGAACUGGUCUAUCAUCGGGGACGAGCAGAGGAAGGAGGAAUUCUUACUUUGGCUGGACAAUAUUCAAGACCCAACUGGGUUGUGACACUGAAUGCCGGCAAAGGAGGAGCCCACGCCAGCUACUAUCACAGAGCGAACAAACAGAUCCAGGUUGGAGUGGAGUUUGAAGCCAGCACCAGAACACAGGAGACCACCACCUCUUUUGGGUACCAAAUGGAACUCCCAGAGGCCAACAUGGUGUUUCGAGGGAUGAUCAACAGUCGGUGCAUAAUAGGAGGAGUGCUGGAGAAGCGUCUAACGCCGCUGCCAGCCACCCUGAUCAUGGGUGCCUUCGUGAAUCACAGAGGCGACAAGCUGCAGGUUGGCCUCGGCGUCAACGUGGGUUAACCCUCCACCUCCCACCCCAAACCGGUCCUACGAUUAAAUGUCAGCACCAGAUCAAUGGUCCGGACAUCCAUCCAGAGCAGACAGAAAACUUACAGACCUUUCAGGGUUUCUCYUCCGUACCAAAACACUUCUCGUUUGUUGAACUCGAUGCAUCUCACCUUGCAGCCCAAGGCGAUGUUUUUGUGAAGGAGGAGUUAUUGCACUGAAGACYGGGAUGUGUGUUUCUGUUCCCCUGAAACCAGACGGCAUCCUCUGGACAAUGAAAAGAUCAAAGGCUAAAUGUACUGUAAACCUAGAAUAACAUUUUAUACUGUAGGCCAUUAAUAAGGAAAUAUAUGUAGAUUGUAAUAAUUAAUAUAAGUUUAUUUCAAGUUUUAACUCACUGACUAGAUUUUACCUUGUUCUAUAACAACUGUCAACAGGCAGUCAUAAAUUAUUAUUAUUUUCUUAAUUUUUCAGAGUUUUUGGCUGAAAAUCAACCUGCAAAGAUGGAUUGUGUUGUUUCUUUGGCACUUUUCUUUUUGAUUCUAUAAGCUUAUGGUCCAACUCUUGGAAUUAAUAUAAUGAAGUAAGCUAAACUCUACGGUUAGUUAACAUAAUUGAUGUGAAGCCAAUCUUAUGGAAAUGAAUAAGCUACAGUCUGUGUGAGCUUUAGGUUCAGAUCAUCAUAAAUGAUCAGUUUGGCUCUGAGGGAUCAGUGUGUGUGAGUCGUUGUGCGUUUGAUUGCUGCCGUGUUGUGUUUUUGCUGGUGAAAGUCGCUGCUCUGAUUGUGAGCAGGCUAUAACCAGAGAGUGCUGACCUGAAUGCAACUUUACUUUAUCAGARAUUUCCAACCUCAUUAAACUUGUAAAACUUUACAAAAGUUUUAAUUAUACAUCAUUUAGUUUAAAGCAUGGAUUAAAGUGCAAGAGAAACUGUCUUUUUUGGGGACUUUAUUUAUUAAAAAUGUUUAUUUCUGA